CAGCCCAAUUGAGCCCAAGUAGCCUUCUAAAAACCAUAGAAUUGUUCUUCCCCGAGUAUCCCACUUCAUCGUCACCGAUCGAAAUCGCUGCGUCGUUUCGGUAACCUACGGUUCAUCAAUUUGUUAUGCCAUUAAAGUUCCUUAAAUGGUUUCUCUUCUGUAACGUCGAACUCCACCAAUCUUUCUCAUUAGACCCUUUCUUUACAGUUACAGUUGUGACCCAUGCAACCGUUCCGAGUCCCUGACUUUUACCUUAUAUAAAUCCUUUCUUUGAUACCCUGAUCCUCGCAAAAUCGGCCAAUCUCUUCGUUGUCUUCUUAAAUUUCCUUUCAGUCGUAUAUAUUGACAAGAGACAGUUGAAAUUAUGAAGAAUAAACGACAGACUAGAUGAAUUGGUCAGGGAAAAGAAUCCGAAGGAUGCUGGGAUGCUGGCGUCUAUGGUGUCGUAUGCAAUUGGGCCGGUUUUUCUUCCCUAGCUUGAGAGUGAAUCACUGUGUCAGUCUGAGGACGACGAAUAGGAAGAAGAUGAUGAAGCCGUUCUACCGUCAUCUAACUUCUCCAAUCAAAUCCUAGGCAGUGAGACAUGAGUGAUCAAAUGUCUCAAAGCAGCUAUUCAAAGAAGUCUUUGAGGUAAACAUUGUUUAAUUUGGUAGAAGAAGAAUCGUAAGAAUGAUGUGGCCUAAUUUUAGAGUGUAUUUGUUAUGCUCUUUUACAUCUCUUUUGGACUUGAUUGUCUAAUAUUAUGUGUACAGAAAAUCUCACAAGUGAAGGUUGGAAGAGGACCUGGUGGUUCAGAGAAUCAGAGCGCGUUAACCAAAAAAAGCUUUAUUUUAACUGAACUGGAAGUAAGUAGAACUUAAGAAUGUUUCUUUUAUUAAUUCUCUUUAUUUUGCGAUGUCUCUGAGACAGGAUAAACUCAAAAAUGUUUGGAAAGGUCAAACAAUGGAAUAGAAGACAUGUGUAAAGACCAAUGUAACUGGCCCAGCAACGGUAUGGUUCUUCACCAAACACAAUAUAAGAGUAAAGCUAAAUCCAACAAGUUCCAUCGUUUUUCAUGGUCUCUAAGAUUCAUAAUCAUUGUGGAUAUAAGCUUUGAAGCCAAAAAGACAGUACAAAUGAGACUAACGCGACUGGUUUAUUUCCAAAACUUAUUAUCAUGAUGUUAACUUAACAUUUUCUUUUUGCCAAUGCCAACCAUACCAGAAGCUCAAGUGGGAUUUGCCGUUCUAGCUUACCAUCUCUUUUUCAGAGUGAUUUACAUGUCAAAGCAACACUCUGAGCUACACAAACAUAAAUAGAAGACUGAAGAUUAGGAAAUUUGGAGUUGCGAUUAAAAGAAAAUUAGAAAUCAGGCUCCUAUUUGGUAUGUUCCAUUACAUUAACGGAGAAAGCUGCGCUGGUGUCAAUUUCUCACGGAGAUUCUUACAGCAAGGGCAAGAAAUAAAGAAGGCGAUCAGAAGUCUCGCAAGCUCUUUUGGUAAGUUUACUUUGCGGCUGUUGAAUAUUGAAUCAAGGUAUUUUUGUAACAUAGAUCUUCUUACUGAUUAACAAAUGCUCUUUUAUUUUCUUUCCUAGGCUACUAAUCAUUUAACGAAUAUUGUCUGUGACAGCAAGCAAGGUAAUCACGCUAAUUGUAUGCAUCUGUGCUGUGCAAUAUCUGGUUAUUAAUGUGGAGUAAAAAGUCUUUAUAUUCCUUAGCUGGUGUCCUCAGGAGUUGAAAAACCAAAGUCUUAUGCAACUCCAGCUGGUGUUUUUUUUUUGGAAUUGGGCUUGAACAGCUUGAGCUAAUGUGCAAAGUUUAGAACAUUGCUUCUCUUUAGCUAUAUGGAGUAUGGAGACGAGCAAGCAAGUGCUAUCAAAGUAAAAACCUUCAACAAAGAAGGCAAUUCAUAUCUCAGUAGAAAGAUGAAGUCUGGUCAGAUGAAAAAAGUGAUGAUGAGAUAAGUAUAUGACCUUCCUAUGAUGUCCUCUAAGGUCUCGGCUGUAUCUCUUCUGUCAUAAGCAUAUCAACAAAAACCAAUGGCCAUCAUCUAGCUCUCAGGAACAAUGGAGGAGUUAGUUUCCACAGUUAGUUUCCUGCAAUGUGGCGGUCACACAUAUCGUUUGGACUUGACAUAGCUUAAGAGAGCAAUAAUAGAGUUUUCAUGAAUUAUUCAUAUGUUUUUCCUAUUUUUUGUUUUAUGUUGCCUUAAUAUCUUAGUUAGUUAAAAAUUUUAAAUAUAAAGGAAGUCUGUUAAGAUAAAGGAUAUACUCCUUUUAGUAUUAGUCCGCUUAUAAUGUUUGUUCCCUCUAUAUUUUUAAAAUUAUCUUUUCAAAAGAAAAUUUUGGUUCAUACACUAUAAUUCUUUGUAUCUAAUAAGAAAACUGUUUAUCCAUAAUUGUAUUUCUUUUGAUAGAAGUCCUACACCAAAUAAGAUAUAAAAUUAUUUAUUGUAAUGUUACCAAAAUCAUAUUAGAACAAAUUUACAAAAACAUCUACACAUUCUAAAAAAAAAUCAAAGUACGAAUAAAUAAUUUUUCUACAUUUAAAAUAUUGGUCACUAAUAUAUAUAUAUAUAUAUUUUUUUUAUCAAGGUCACUAAUAUAUAAUAGGACGUUUAACACGCUUCCAAUUAAUAUUAUUUUAAAAAAUAAUAUUUUCACUAUUUAACAAUGAACUAUCAAACAAAUCUUAAGUGGUUUCAGUUCUGAAAAAGUUAUCAAUAAUUGAUUUUAAAAAUUAACAUAAAUCAAUAAUAAUAAAUUCAAGUGCAUUAUUGAACAAAUAUAUUUGGAAAAAUUUGGAAAAUACAUUUAGAUGAGAUUAUAUUUUGAAAACUACACUUUUUUUUUAACUACACUUACUAAUAAGUGAAAUAAAAAAAAGACUAUAUUGUCCAAAUUUAAUGUUUAUAUUAUCUAAUAUCUAACUUGAUAUUUUAAUGUAAAACAGGAAAACGUAUUAAAAAUUAAAACAAAUUUACCAACAAUCUUUAUUUUUAAUACUCUUGAUAUAAAAUAGAAAAUUAGCUCCACCAACUACUUGAUGAUCAACCAGAGCCUUAUUCUUAGAACAGAAGUACAUCAACUUUUAAAAGACAAAAAAAUUCGAACACGUUACCCAUUCACUUAAUGAGCUUAUUUUCUAACCUGGUGACUGUUUUAUUGUUUUCAUAUACGACUUACAUACAUGAAACAAUCCAAACAAAUUGCUAUUCUUUUAUUCAACAAAAAACAAUCCAGACAAUAUUUUUUGGAAUCAAAGAGUGUGUAUAAUGUAUUCUCCUCUCUUUUUUACAAUUUUUUCCUUACUUGGAAAAUUCUGCUAAAAUAAAUUUAUGUGAGCUUUGUUGGCAUGGAACACACAUACGAACUCUUGCAAAUAUUUUUUAUGUUUUUUACCAUUCUUAAAAUGUUUGAAUUUAUCUGGUUUAUGAUGUGAAAAAGAUGAACUGCUAAAAUGAAGAUUCAACCAAUUUUUUUUCUGACACAAAAACACCAAAUGAUAACAACUUCACCAAGAAAUAACAACAAAGGUCACAUAAAAUCCUUUCAAAAUAAUAAUCAUGGAAUAUAAUAACCAAAGUAUUCUAUUAAUUAUAAGAAUUUGUAAUUGCUAAUAAAAUUAGGACAAAAAUGUCUUAUUGCAAACAAGGAAGUGUAGUUUUCAAAAAAAAAGAAAAAAUAGAUUUAUUUUUCAAAAUUUAAAUCAUAAAUAGGGUAUUUUCAAAUUAUGAUUUGUUGUGAUAUGAAAUUUUGAUCCCUAAAAUGUUUCAAAUCUUAAAAAAAGUAAAGUUUGCAAAACAUAUUAAAAGAAAAAUUACUCAAACUACCUUCCUAAUUUUACUGUGAUUGUCAUGUUACUCUUUUUCAUUUCAUAUAAUAGAAACUUAUUUGACAUUAAUAUAAUUAUGUGCAGCAGUAAAUAAAAUUUUUAAAACCUUUUUUUCGUCAACAAAAUUUUAAAACCUUUUUUUCUUCAACAAAAUUUUAAAACUUAAUUUCCUCAUUUAUACCAAAAUUAGUAUCAAGGCAAAAAUAAUAAUUUUUAAAUGAUAAAUAAAUAUAAUUAUUCUAAAAUUAAGAUGAUAAUUUACAUAUGAAAAAAUAUGAUAAAAUAAUAAAUUUAAAAGUAAAUUAUCCGCGCGUAGCGUGGAAAACGAUCUAGUAGGACUAAUAACCAACCAUAGAACGUGAAAGAGAAAUCCUUGCUGGUCUUUGUUAUUGACAAUGGAAUAUGUAUCAUCUAUAAUUUUUGAGAAUACAAGCCCUUGUGACUCAUUUAUCAAGACAAAUUGCAUUAAUGCAUCUUUUCCAUAGUUAAGACAAAACCAUGUGAUUUUCUCUAGUCUGUCCCAAGAUUCAAGACCACAAGUUUCAAAGUUUUUUGUUCUGAGAGAUCUCAACUCAUUCAUUUAUUUAUCUAUCUAUAUAUAUACACAUGAGCCCUUCUUUCUAUCAUCAACCAAAAACAAGCAAUCCAGUAACAUUAACCCUUUCAUACAUUUUCAAAAGAAUUCAAACUUUCAGAAAAAUGGCUUUGGUGAGAAGUCUAUUGGGAGCAAAGAAGAUUCUUGGCCGCUCUGUAACAGCAACAGCUUCUACGAGCAAAAGAGUAGCCUCAGCGGCACCAAAAGGGUUUCUUGCGGUGUACGUAGGAGAGAACCAGAAGAAGAGAUAUGUGGUGCCAGUCUCAUACUUGAAUCAGCCUUCGUUUCAAGCUCUUCUCAGUAAAUCUGAAGAAGAGUUUGGGUUUGAUCAUCCAAUGGGUGGCUUAACCAUCCCUUGUCCUGAGGACACUUUCAUCAAUGUGACUUCUCGGCUUCAAUGAUGAUUAUCCAACAUAUUGUUCGUCUAGUUAGAGAUAGAAUUGUUCCUUGUAAAUAGAGAAGUUUUUUUCUCUUGUUCUUGAAAGAGUUGUUCUAUAAUUUUUUUGAAAGUGAAUGCCAUAGACACAAUUCUCUCAAUCCUUUUCAAUGUGAUCUUAUUUGAUCAUUACUUCAUUUGGCGUCC